CCUUGUCUGUUCAACAGAGUCUGUUGGCAACACUUGUUAUAUGCACUUGUCAAUUUAGUAAUUAAUGUCAACAGAUUGGAUCUAGUGUCAAAUUAUUUAAUAUUUUUAAAAAUGUUAAAUACACUGCGUUCUGUAUGCCAUGGAGUGGGAAGAACACUAGGCCUAAGAACCCUUCAGACCACUUCAAGUUUGCAGCAUGACAGCCUUUUUGUGCACAGGGAUAGCCCUGAAGAUAAUGUCGAUAUGAAAUUUGAAUUUACUCCUGAUAACAAAAAGAGAGUAGAAGCUCUACUAGCAAUUUAUCCAGAAGGACACAAGAGAGCAGCAAUGAUUCCCUUACUUGAUUUGGCUCAAAGGCAACAUGGCUGGUUGCCUAUCUCAGCUAUGCAUACGGUUGCUGACAUUUUAAAACUUCCUAAAAUGAGAGUUUAUGAAGUGGCCACCUUUUACACCAUGUUUAUGAGGAAACCAACUGGUAAAUACCAUUUGCAAAUUUGCACAACAACCCCAUGUUGGCUAAGAGGAUCCGAUGAAAUUCUUGAAAAAAUUAAACAAGAUUUAGGUUUGGAAGUUGGAGGCACCACUGCCGAUGGCAUGUUUACUUUGUCUGAAGUUGAAUGUCUGGGAGCCUGUGUUAAUGCUCCCAUGGUUCAAAUUAAUGACGAUUAUUAUGAAGAUUUAACUGUUCAAGAUACAGAAAAUAUUUUAAAUGAUUUAAAAUGUGGUAAUAAACCGCAAGCUGGUCCAAGAAAUGGAAGAUUUGCAGCUGAACCUAUUGGGCCACCAACUUCUUUAAAAGGAGAUCCACCAGGUCCUGGUUUUGGCGUUAGAGCUGAUUUGUAAAUUCUGUAAAGUUAUUUUAAAGAAACAGUUUUUAAAAUAUAUUAAAUUUAAGUCAA